AUGAAACCAGAGACCGAGGAAGCGAUUCAAGCGGCCAAGGGCUUGCUCAUGGACCUGGUCGUGGUUGCAUCGCUGGUGCGAACCUUGACAGAUUCCUUUGGAUCUGCGAGCGACCUGUAUCGUAAGCUCAAGCGCAAGUCUAACCCUAAAGACAGUGACGAUGAAGACGACAAAUUAUUCAUCAGAAAGUCUUUCCACAGACGCCGCGAUUCUGGGGUCGGCAAAGACGCGUGCGACAGCGAAGAAGAGCUCAUAUUCACUUCUUCGAUCCAAGUCCGAGCCGAAUACGACCGGGGAUACAAGAAGCAUGGCGAGCUUUUUGCGCGUGGUGAUUCAACGACACAAAUUCAACUCCAGUCCCAGAUCAUCCAGCUCCAGCAAGUUCUUCUCAGCAUACACCAAGAUAUGCUGGUGAGCUCGUACCUGGCGCCAUCAUCUUCACACUCGCACCUCGUACGCCUCAUUCAAACCACCCGGACAGCACGGGCUGCCUCGAUUGCGGCGUUGAGUAUGCAGUAUGAGCGUAUGAUACCCCCGCCAUCACCCAAACCCCGGCAGCCAGAGUCGCCUUGCAGUCCGCCUGGCGCUUUCCCAGCCAUGGAAGAUGUUUGGCACACCACGAAGCCCUUCAAGCCAAGGAGGCGCAGCGCGGAUAGCUCGAGCUCGUCGAGUUUGUCAGGAGACAAGGAAAUCAGAAUACUGCCCAUCCCAAACCGCAAGCCAGACCGCAAACCAGCGCCGGAGCCGGAACCCAAGCCGCAACCAAAGCCAGAGCCAGAGCCAGAACUGAAGCCGAGACCCAAACUCGACACGAGGCCUUCUUUCCCGCCAUCCAAGCCGCGCCUCUUCUGUCUCUACGCCAAAGACCUCCAAGAUGACCCUUGGCUGCCCCUGGCAAAAUCAUACAGACCCUGUGGCGAUAACAAGUGUCCGUUCUGCCGCACGUACCUAUCCAUGCGGCCCGGAAAGGUAUGGGAGAUUGUCGUUGAUAACUGCAAGGAGCCCAGGAGUAGUCACCGCAAGUCUGCGUACCGCGUCUUCCGCAUCAAGAACCGCUUCAUCGUCAAGUCGCACCGCGAACAAGGCGGCUUCGCAUGUGUUCUCUGCGCGAGAUUCCGACGCUUCGACAUGUUGUGCAGGGACAUUGGGUCGCUGAUCGACCACUUGUGGCGCGAGCAUACAGCCGACGAGUUGGAAUGGGACAUUGAUGUUGUAGAAUGUUGA